GUCUGCAGCGGGCGGAGCUCCGAGCUGGGCCCGGCUUAGGCUGGGCGCUCUGGCCGGUGGCCCUCUUUCUCUAGCUGCCCAGCCUGAGGCUGCCAGCUUGAGCCAUGGGCUGCCGGGCUCUCCUGCUCCUGCCUUUCCUAUCACUUGGGGCCGCCACGACGAUCCGGUCUGGGCUAAAGACCCUCGGCAGCCUGCACUUGCCAACCAACCCCACAUCCGACCCUGCCGUAGCCAAUAACUACUCAGUUCUUUACUUCCAACAGAAGGUCGACCACUUUGGAUUCUCCGACACGAGAACUUUUAAACAGCGGUACCUAAUAGCUGACCAACAUUGGCGGACAAACGGUGGGUCAAUACUGUUCUACACCGGGAAUGAAGGGGACAUCACCUGGUUUUGCAAUAAUACGGGGUUCAUGUGGGAUGUGGCUGAGGAACUGAAAGCGAUGCUGGUUUUUGCUGAACAUCGGUACUAUGGGGAAUCCCUGCCCUUCGGUGAGGACUCAUUCAAGGAUUCCCAACACUUGAAUUUCCUGACAUCAGAACAAGCCCUGGCUGAUUUUGCGGAGUUAAUCAGACACUUGAGAAGAACAAUCCCAGGAGCUGGAAGUCAACCUGUCAUUGCUAUCGGGGGCUCUUAUGGCGGCAUGCUUGCAGCCUGGUUCAGAAUGAAAUAUCCUCACUCAGUAGUUGGAGCUCUUGCAGCUUCUGCCCCUAUCUGGCAGUUUGAGGAUUUGGUUCCCUGUGGUAUAUUUAUGAAGAUUGUAACUGAAGAUUUUAGGAAAAGUGGUCCACAUUGUGCAGAGAGCAUCCACAGAUCCUGGGGUGCCAUUAACCGACUCUCCAGUACAGGUGGUGGUCUCCGAUGGCUCACAAAAGCCCUUCACCUCUGUAGCCCCUUGUCUUCUGAGGACAUCUCAUAUUUAAAAGAAUGGAUCUCUGAGACCUGGUUGAACCUGGCCAUGGUGGACUACCCUUAUGAAGCCAACUUUCUACAGCCCUUGCCUGCUUGGCCUAUCAAGGUGGUAUGCCAGUACUUGAAAAAUCCUAAUGUAUCAGAUACAGUGCUGCUGCAGAAUAUUUUCCAAGCUCUGAAUAUAUAUUAUAAUUAUUCAGGCCAAGCGCAAUGCCUGAAUAUUUCACAAACAGCCACCAGCAGUCUAGGCUCCAUGGGCUGGAGCUACCAGUCCUGCACAGAAAUGGUCAUGCCCUUUUGUGCUAAUGGUGUUGAUGACAUGUUUGAAACGUAUCAGUGGGACUUGGAGAAGUUUUCCGAUGACUGUUUUAGCCAGUGGGGUGUGAAACCACGGCCUCACUGGAUAACUACCUUGUAUGGCGGCAAAAACAUCAGUUCACAUUCGAACAUCAUUUUCAGCAAUGGUGACUUAGACCCGUGGUCAGGAGGUGGAGUAACCAAAGACAUCACAGAUACCCUGGUGGCGAUCAAUAUCCCCGGAGGGGCCCAUCACUUAGAUCUUCGAGCCAGCACCGCCUUCGAUCCUUCCACUGUGCUGUUAUCGCGCUCAUUGGAAGUUAAACACAUGAAGAAAUGGAUCGCAGAUUUCUAUCAAAAUGCCAGACAUCAGUCCUGAGCAACUUUAGGAAAAAGAACUUUUUGUUUUCUUCUUUUAUGUUCGCUCCACCCACAUUCCCUCUCACUGUGGUUUCCUGUAUGUAAUUGGUUUCUCUCGUUUGUCAAUAUAUGUGUUGGGCCAAGGCUGAGACAGAAGAGAGUGACGGGGCGCGCACAGCCAUCCCACCCAGGUGACUGCUCCGUCCUCAUUUCUUUGUGUCACUCCCCAGGAAGAACGUCAUCACGGCGGCUCUCCUGCCAUCAGAACUGGCAUGGUUCCUGACUGUCUUUCGGCAGAGGGAGAGCCGCUUUUCUCACAAGCGGGGACGUGUCCUUGGUUUUGAGGUGGUCAUCUCUCUGGCCCAUUGAGAGCCCCCAUUCCUGGCACCAAAGGAAAAGCAGAAGCUGGGCUAGAAAUGCUGCCCCUGCAGCUGGUGGGCUGUGUGGUGCCAAUCCAGGAAACGGGGCGGCUUCCUGUGAGCUCCAUGGCAGCCUUUGAACUGCGCUGCAAUAAAGACAGAGGCAGACCUACCUGUGUGUUGCUCGUCUCCUCCGCUGGGCCGGCUGCCUUUGCAAAGUCCUUUCUUUUUCUCUUUCCCCCUUGGCAGCUUUCUUUAGUUCUGGAUAUUUGCCACCGUGGUACUGCCAGGAAGAAAUCUGGCUUCUCCUGCCCUG